AUGUUCGGGAAUUAUACCGUAACGGACGAGGAGAAGGACUACGCUCUGACGUUAUGGGAGUACAUGGGCUUAAAACACGAAGGCAAAAAGAGUGACAUUAUCCUUGUUCUUGGUAACCAUGACACCAGGACUGCAGAAUAUGCUGCUAAAUUAUUCCUGGAAGGAUUUGCCGACUUACUCAUGUUCUCUGGUGACAAAGGGGUGCUCACAACAGGUAAAUGGGAGAAGUCAGAAGCUGAAGUGUUUAGUGAUGUUGCUAUAGGAAUGGGCGUCCCUGAAAAUAAGAUCAUUCUUGAAACUGAAGCAACAAACACUGGACAAAACGUUGCAUUUUCCUACAAAGUUCUCCAACAAAAAGGGAUCCUAGAGGCUUUACAUAGCUAUAUACUUGUACAGAUGCCCCACAUGGAAAGACGAGUUUAUGCCACUUUCAUGAAACAGUGGCCAGGGGAUGCGGUCAGUCUGGACAUCAUUGUGUUAUCACCUCCUAUCCCCAUGUUGAAGUACCCUAAUGACCAUGUAGGCACCCUUCACGAUGUCAUCACAGUGCUGGUUGGUUCAUUCUUCAGGGUAAAAAUCUACCCAGAUACUGGCUUCCAGAUACAGCAGCACAUCCCAAAAAAUGUGUGGUUGUGUUUCAACAAGUUGAUCAAGACUGGAAAAUAUGGUGGUCAUAUGAUUUAG